AGGUUCCUUAUAUUAAUGUUGUUUUGCGGUUUUGCCAAUUAUCUAGGUGUUUCUCUCCUGCUUUCCCUAUUACUUACUUUGUCCCUUUCUUUACAACUCUCCCAAUAACGAGGGAGGGUCUCAAGAUUGAAUCCCUCUUUAUACCCACCUCUCUUUACCCCUUUCUUCAGCCUUAGAAAUGAAGGACAUGGCGAAUCCCCUGCUCUUUUGGGCCAGCUUCUUGUUACUUCUCUCCACGGUUCACCCAAAGGUGAUUGCCGUGGAGCAACUUUCUGAGGUCAAGCUUAACUCUCGAAUCCUUCAGGAUUCAAUUGUGAAACAAGUGAAUGAAAAUCCCAAUGCUGGAUGGAAAGCUGCCCUGAAUCCUCAAUUUUCUAACUACACUGUUGGCGAGUUUAAGCAUCUUCUUGGAGUCAAACCAACACCCAAGAAGGAACUUCUGGGUAUUCCUGUUAUAACUCAUGACAAAUCCUUAAAGGUGCCAGCUAAGUUUGAUGCUAGAACAGCUUGGCCACAGUGUAGCACAAUCGGAAGAAUUCUUGAUCAGGGUCACUGUGGUUCUUGCUGGGCUUUUGGUGCUGUUGAAGCACUAUCUGAUCGUUUCUGUAUCCAUUUUGGCAUGAAUAUAUCUCUGUCUGUUAAUGAUCUUCUUGCGUGCUGUGGCUUUUUAUGUGGAAGUGGUUGUGAUGGGGGGUAUCCAAUUUCUGCAUGGCGAUACUUUGUGCGCCGUGGUGUUGUCACUGAGGAGUGUGAUCCAUAUUUUGAUGACACUGGUUGUUCUCACCCUGGUUGUGAGCCUGCAUAUCCUACUCCCAGAUGUGUUAAAAAGUGUGUCAACGGAAACCAACUCUGGAGUGAGUCCAAGCACUAUAGUGUUGGGGCAUACAGAAUCAACUCUGAUCCAGCUGAUAUCAUGGCAGAAGUUUAUAAGAAUGGACCAGUUGAGGUCUCCUUCACUGUUUAUGAGGAUUUUGCUCACUACAAGUCAGGAGUUUACAAACAUGUGACAGGCGGUGUCAUGGGAGGUCAUGCAGUUAAGCUUAUUGGUUGGGGAACAUCUGAUGAUGGGGAGGAUUACUGGCUUCUUGCAAACCAGUGGAAUAGAGGCUGGGGUGAUGAUGGCUACUUCAAGAUUAGAAGAGGCACAAACGAGUGUGGUAUUGAAGAUGAUGUCGUUGCUGGUUUGCCCUCUACCAAAAAUCUUGUUAGAGAGGUGGGUGAUAUGGACAUUCUCAAAGAUGCUUCAUUUUGAGAGUAAUUCAUCCAUACAGGCCUACUACUCAUUUAUGUAUUAGUUGGGGGUUGCAAUCAUAAAUUAUAAGUGCAUGAGCUGCCAUGAAAUUUGAUCCUUAUUUUCAUGUUGAUUAUCAAAUGUUAUGUUGUAUCAGUUUGCAAGGACUUCAGCCGGUAUAUAUAUAUAUUAUGUAAUGUACCCACAUGAAUUCUGAUCAGCUACUACUGUAUUUGGCCUGAUAGUUAUUAUCAGAAAUUUCCUUGUAUGAAAAGUAAAUUUUAUUAAAUUGCGAGGCGUCA